UCUACUUCCUGUUUCAGUGAUGUACUUCCUGUUUCGUGAUGUCCAUGUGGUAAACAAGCGUCCCGGGUUACACCAACAUGGACUUUUCAGCUAAGUGGAGUAAUGUACCGACAGGACCGAGUCUAAAGAACCUGACCGAUGGAGAAUUCGGUAAACUGAAAGAGACGCAACACGCCGCCGUUCAGGACCUGACUAAAGCCCACAUCGAGUCGUUUGAUCAGGCUGUCACUGAUGGACUCAACCGCCUUGUGCAGGCGAUUCCUCCGAUAGAGUUCAUGUGCAGAAAUGAAAAGUUGAGCCUCACGUUCGUUGAUGCAACCAUCCAGAACCCGCUGGUCGCCAAAGGCAGCAUCUGCACAGAGAUGAAGGUGUUUCCAGCAGAAUGCAGAGGAAGGAGGAGUACUUACCGAGGAAAAGUGGUGGCAGACGUCAGCUGGUCCAUCAACGGCUUUCCCAAAGGCAUCAUUAAGCAGUCCCUGGGCCAGGUGCCGAUCAUGGUGAAGUCAAAGCUGUGUAACCUCUACGGCAUGUCCCCCAAGGAGCUCGUAAAGCAUCACGAAGAAGCAGAGGAAAUGGGAGGUUACUUCAUCGUGAACGGAAUCGAGAAGGUGAUCCGGAUGCUGAUAAUGCCGAGGAGGAACUAUCCCAUCGCCAUGUCGAGACCCAAGUGGAAGAGCAGGGGUCAGGGCUACACCCAGUUUGGUAUUUCUAUGCGUUGUGUGAAGGAGGAGCACACAGCCAUCAACAUGAACCUCCAUUACCUGGAAAAUGGGACAAUGAUGCUGAACUUCAUCUACCAGAAGGAGCUCUUCUUCCUCCCUUUAGGUUUUGCUCUGAAGGCCCUGGUGGACUUCACAGACUUCCAGAUCCACCAGGAGCUGAUCAAAGGCCGCGAGGACAAUUCUUUCUACAAGACCUGCGUGUCAGAGAUGCUGCGUAUGGUGAUGGAGGAGGGCUGCACCACCCGCAGCAGUGUGCUCAGUUACCUGGGAGAGCGCUUCAGGGUCAAGCUGAACCUACCUGAGUGGUACACCAACGAGCAGUGUGCCAACGUCCUCCUAAACGAAUGCAUUUGCAUCCACCUGAAAUCGGACACAGAGAAGUUCUUCCUGCUUUGUCUAAUGACCCGGAAGCUUUUCUCGUACGCCAAGCAGGAGUGCAUGGAAGAAAACCCCGACAGCAUCGUGACUCAAGAAGUGCUCACGGCUGGUCAGCUGUACCUCAUGUUCCUGAAGGAGCGGCUGACUGCCUGGUUGGUCUCUGUCAAACUGUCCUUCGACAAAAGAGGAUCCAAGCUGUCUGGAGCCUGGACGACUGAGUCUGUGAUGAAGAUGUUGAACAUGGGCUCAGACCUGACGAAGCCUUUUGAGUAUUUGCUGGCCACUGGAAACCUUCACUCCAAGACUGGUCUUGGAAUGCUGCAGAACACGGGCCUCUGUGUUGUAGCCGACAAACUCAACUUCAUCCGUUACCUGUCCCAUUUCCGCUGCGUGCACCGAGGAGCGGCGUUCGCCAAGAUGAGGACCACCUCUGUUCGGAAGCUGCUCCCAGAGUCCUGGGGAUUCCUGUGUCCCGUCCACACUCCGGAUGGAGAGCCGUGUGGGCUCAUGAACCACAUGACCGCCAGCUGUGAAAUAGUUGCACCCUCCAUGUUCACCACGUCGCUGCCGGCUCUGUUUUGUUCCCUCGGUGUGACUCCUGUGGAUGGAACUCCUGGGCACGCCUACUCCGACUGUUACCCCGUGGUCCUGGACGGAGCUCUUGUGGGCUGGGUGGAGAGCGAUUUGGCUCCAGCUGUUGUCGAGUCACUGCGCAGGUUUAAGGUGCUGAGGGAAAAGAAAAUUCCUCCCUGGAUGGAGAUCGUCCUUGUUCCUAAAACGGGCAAAGCCAGCUUAUAUCCUGGCCUGUUCCUGUUCACAACGCCGUGUCGGAUGAUGCGUCCCGUACAGAAUUUAGCUCUCGGCAUGCAGGAGCUGAUCGGGACCUUUGAACAGCUUUACAUCAAUGUGGGGAUUUUGGAGGGCGAGGUUGAAGCGGGUGUCACCACACACCAGGAGCUGUUCCCCCACAGCAUGCUCAGUGUGGUGGCCAACUUCAUCCCCUACUCUGACCACAACCAGAGUCCCAGAAACAUGUACCAGUGUCAGAUGGGUAAGCAGACUAUGGGUUUUCCUCUACACUCGUUCACGGACCGAUCCGAUAAUAAGCUGUACCGGCUCCAGACCCCACAGAGCGCGCUGGUCAGGCCCUACAUGUACGACCAUUACAGCUUGGACAACUACCCUAGUGGCACCAACGCCAUCGUGGCCGUCAUAUCGUACUCGGGCUACGACAUGGAAGACGCCAUGAUCGUAAACAAGUCGUCCUGGGAGAGAGGCUUCGCUCAUGGGAGCAUCUACAAGACGGAGUUGGUGGACCUGGCAGAGAAGGUGAAAGGAGAGGACAGCGUGGUGUUUGGAACCAAGGCAGGCGACCCAAAAGUGAAGGACAGGCUGGAUGGGGAUGGUCUUCCUCACAUCGGAUCAGUGCUUCAGUAUGGAGACCCCUUCUACAGCUACAUCAACCUCAACACGGGCCAAAGCUUCGUCACCUUCUACAAGAGCCAAGAGGCCUGUGUUGUCGAUAACAUAAAGAUCUGCAGCAACGACUCCGGUUCAGGGCGUUUUAAACGAGUCUGCAUCACCGUCCGAGUGCCUCGAAACCCCACCAUUGGUGACAAGUUUGCUAGUCGCCACGGUCAGAAGGGGAUCCUGAGCCGCCUGUGGCCGGCGGAGGACAUGCCUUUCACCGAGAGCGGUAUGACUCCCGACAUUCUCUUCAACCCCCACGGGUUCCCCUCCCGUAUGACCAUAGGAAUGCUCAUUGAGAGCAUGGCUGGGAAGUCGGCCGCCCUGCACGGCCUCGGCCACGAUGCCACGCCGUUCACCUUCUCUGAAGACAGCGCGGCGCUGGAGUACUUUGGUAAAAUGCUGCGAGCGGGUGGCUACAACUAUUAUGGAACAGAGCGGCUGUACAGUGGGCUGAGCGGUCAGGAACUGGAGGCUGACAUCUUCAUCGGUGUCGUCUACUACCAGCGGCUACGUCACAUGGUUUCCGACAAAUUCCAGGUGAGGACCACGGGAGCACGAGACAAGGUGACCAACCAGCCUGUGGGAGGAAGAAACAUCCAGGGAGGCAUUCGUUUUGGAGAAAUGGAGCGCGACGCCCUGCUGGCUCACGGAUCCUCGUUCCUGCUUCAUGACCGUCUUUUUAACUGCUCAGAUCGCUCGGUCGCUCAGGUGUGCAUCGACUGCGGCAGCCUUCUGUCACCACUGCUGGAGAAACCUCCGCCCUACUGGUCUGCCAUGCGAAACCGGAAAACCGUCUGCUCCCUGUGUGGCAAAAGUGACUCCAUCGACUCUGUGUCGGUCCCGUACGUCUUCCGAUACUUCGUAGCCGAGCUCGCAGCGAUGAACAUCAAAGUCAAGCUGGAGGUUAAAUAAAGUUUUUCAGAAGAGAAACAAAGACUCGUGCCUUAAUUAUGACUUGAGUGGAAAUCAGAAUCAAGAAAUCAGUGAAACCGUGAUGUCGUGUCAAUGUGAUAGUUUAUCAGCCAUGAUGAUGAAAUGUUCUCCAAACCCAAUAAAAGUAUUUAGCUAACA